UAUAAAAUUGAAAACCAGGCAUAUUUCAAAAGCUCAGAGGCCAUUUGUGGCUUGGGACUGCCACAUGAUAUAGAGAAUUCUGACACAGAAUAUUUCCAUCAUCACAGAAAAUUCUGUGAGCAGCACUACUCUGGAACAGCGUCGUUCAGGGCAACUUUGAACAAUUUAAGGGAAUGAGAGGAUGACUAUCCUUGAGUGGGUGGAAGGACAAUAUUAAGUAUCCCAUAAUGCUCGGGUCUGACCCUGAACCUCCAGCGAAGACUCAUCUAGCUGCAGAUGGCAAUAGUUCUGACAACCGUCCUGAUUUAGAAUGGAUUACGGCAUGAGUUGUAAGAGGAAGAGCUGUUCUUUUUCCCUCUAAGUAGCCAUUUGCUAGACACCACUUCCUGUGUAUGUCCAAUACACUUCUUGCUCACCCCCAGCGAGCCUUUAGCAGAUGCUGCCUCCUUAAAUGGUAGAGAAGGUUCUAUUAUUAAAGAUUGAAUUUUUCUUUCAGAUUCUUGGAUGCUGAGUAAAGACAACUUUAUCUUCUCAGCUCAUCAUGGCGUCAGUCUCAAGAGGGGGAGGGGCUGCUGGGAGACGUGCCCACUCGAAGGUGAAGUCCACCAAGCUGCUGGAGGUUCUGAAUGCUCUGGAGGAUGGAGACUCAGGCCAUAGCAGGGAAGAGAUUUUUAUCGCACCGCCUGACAACGCUUCAGGGGACUUCACCGAUGAAGAUUCUGGUGAUGAAGAUGGCCCGCGAGGUGCUCAGCUGCCCGGCAGAGUGCUGCAGGCCUCGGUCGUGGCCGAGGACUCCGACACUGGGGAGGAUAAUGAGGACCUGGAGCUGCAGCCAGCCAAGAGGAGGCGGAAGGCAGCCGGGGAGCCUCAGCGCUUUUGGGCCAAGAGAGAUAUUCGACCCGACUUCAGCAAUUGGACAGCAUCAGAUCCUCACAUUGAGGAUCUCAAAAAUCAAGAGCUCAGCCCUGUGGGCCUCUUUGAACUGUUUUUUGAUGAAGGCACACUUAAUUUCAUCGUUAACGAAACCAACCGUUACGCUUGGCAGAAAAAUGUCAACCUGGGUCUCAGCGUCCAGGAGUUGAAGUGUGUGCUGGGCAUUUUGAUCUUAAGUGGGUACAUCUCCUAUCCCAGGAGAAGGAUGUUUUGGGAGACCUCUCCUGACUCCCAUCAUCGUCUCGUGGCUGAUGCGAUUCGAAGGGACAGAUUCGAGCUCAUCUUCUCAUACUUGCACUUUGCAGAUAACAACGACCUGGAUGACAGUGACAGGUUUGCCAAGGUCCGGCCACUCAUCGUUCAGAUGAACGGCAAUUUCCAGAAGCAUGCACCCUUGGAAGAGUUCUACAGCUUCGGUGAGUCUAUGUGUGAGUACUUUGGCCACCGGAGGUCCAAGCAGCUGCACUCAGCGAAGCCCGUACGGCUGGGGUAUAAGAUCUGGUGUGGGACCACCAGCAGAGGCUACCUGGUGUGGUUUGAGCCCUCCCAGGGCACGCUGUUCACCAAGCCCGACAGCGGCUUGGAUCUCGGCGGCAGCAUGGUGAUCAAGUUUGCGGACGCCCUUCAGGAGCGUGGCUGUCUGCCAUAUCACAUAUUUUUUGACAAGGUUUUUACAAGUGUCAAACUGAUGUCUAUUUUGCGGAAGAAGGGGGUGAAGGCCACAGGGACGGUCUGCGAGUACAGAACCGAGCGGUGUCCGCUCAAGGAUCCCAAGGAACUGAGGAAAAUGAAGAGGGGCUCGUUCGAUUACAAGGUGGAUGAGCGCGAGGAGAUCAUCGUGUGCCGCUGGCACGACAGCAGCGUGGUCAACAUCUGCUCCAACGCCGUGGGCAUCGAGCCGGUGCGGCUGAGCAGCCGGCCCGCCGGGGCGGCCAAGACGCGCCCGCCCGUGUGCCAGCCGUCCCUGGUGAAGCUGUACCAGGAGAAGGUGGGCGGCGUGAGCCGCAUGGACCAGAACAUCGCCAAGUACAAGGUCAAGAUCCGGGGCCUGAAGUGGUACUCGAGCUUCAUCGGGUACGUCAUCGACGCGGCCCUCAACAACGCCUGGCAGCUGCACCGCAUCUGCUGCCCGGACGCGCGCGUGGACCUGCUGGCCUUCCGCAGGUACGUCGCCUGCGUCUACCUGGAGAGCAACGCGGACGCCUCCUCCCCGGCGCGGCGCGGCCGCCGCCUGGAGACCGAGAGCCGCUUCGACAUGAUCGGGCACUGGAUCGUCCACCAGGACCGGAGGACGCGGUGCGCCCUCUGCCACUCGCAGACCAACACCCGCUGCGAGAAGUGCCAGAAGGGCGUCCACGCCAAGUGCUUCCGGGAGUACCACGUCCGGUGACGCGGGACGCGCGCUUCGGGGGAGCGCCACUUCCGGUGACGC